AUGGCAUCUGCUGUGAGUACGCCAACCGCUUCUACCCCCGCCUCGCCGCUACCGUUAGCCCCGGCAUUGGCCUCACGCCCCCCAGCUCUCUCGGUGAAGCCAAUCGCAGCCGCAGGCUCUCCUUCUCCCUUAGUACAACGCUCUGUUACGUCAAAGGAGUGGAUUAUUCCCCCACGACCAAAGCCUGGCCGCAAGCCAGCCACGGAUACCCCCCCAACAAAGCGAAAGGCUCAAAACCGCGCCGCUCAAAGAGCCUUUCGGGAAAGAAGAGCAGCGAGAGUGGGAGAAUUAGAAGAACAAAUUAAAAAAAUUGAGGAGGAAAACGAGCAACAAGAGACGUUGAUGAAAGCACAAAUAAGCACACUAUCGAAACAACUAGAAGACUGUAGAAACGAAUUAUUAUGGUGGAAAAAGCGCUGUCAGGGACUUGAAAACAACGUUGUUACAGAGAGAAACGCUAAAGAUGCUGUGGCCAAGGAACUCCAAGCUAUCAAAGCACGGAAUCCGGUCGAAUCUGUCCCUGGUGGAUGUGAAAAUUGUUCCUCCGCCAGAUGUCAAUGCAUUGACGACGCAUUCAACGUAAACCCUUCACGGCGGCAAGAGGAUGUUUUAGCGCCAAAGCGACCACACUCCCCACAGCAGGAGUCAUCAGAUAAACGGCAGAGACCUCAACCUGAAAUUAAAACCGAACCAGAAGAACUAGAGAUAGAUUUUACAUCGCGGUUCUCCCUUCGUCGCAAUACGGAUAACGACGUGGAAGUCGUCUCCCCGAGCGCUCUCUUUGAUCCGUGCGGAUUUUGCCAGGAUGGAACCCCGUGUAUUUGUGCUGAAAUGGCUGCGGAUCAAUCUUCGGAGAGAGAAAAGCCCCAGAGGCCCAACAAACUUGCCCCUAUCCAAAACCUCGACCUCUCUCAAUUUACCCCUCCUCCCUCGGAUGGAGAUGUGUUUUCUGACGGUCUUCCCUCUAUAACUAGCAAGCCAAAUCCGUGUGCGAAUGGACCUGGUACCUGUGCACAAUGCCUCUCAGAUCCAAGAAGCACCUUGUUUUGCAAGAGUCUAGCGGCAUCACGAGGCGCAGGUAAUGCCGACCCCGGAUGUUGCGGAGGAAGUAGUCCAGGAGAAGGCUGCUGUCAAUCGCGAGGAUCAUCCCAGAAUGACAAAGGGAAUAGCGUAUUGAAGGAUAACCCGCCAUCAACUCCUCCAAUUACAUUAAGCUGUGCGGACACUUUCACCACACUUUCGCGACACCCAAAUUUUGCUCGUGCAUCAGACGAGAUAAACACAUGGCUCCCACGGCUACAUACUCUUCCAAUUCCUCGAGGGCUCCCUUCCUCGGUCAGAAAUCGUCCUGCGAUGGAAGUGGAAGCCGCCAGCGUCAUGGGUGUGCUUCGAUAUUUUGACAGAAGAUUCGCUAAUUAA